GCUCUGUGUCUUCUUUUUGUUCUUUUUUUUUAAAGCUUGCGCUUUACCCCGCCGCCCACCCAACUUUUUUCGGAUCAGCCGAGCCAAUGAUGUUUGACAAGGACAAUUAUGACAGCCCCCCGAUGUACAGUCCGCCGUACAGCCCCACCAAUGGCUACGGGUCACCGGCCAGCUUCCACGCGUCGCGGACGGAGCUUGACGUCGGUGCUGGAUACCCGCCUCCUCCCGGGUCUUACUACAUCGAGGACAAGCCUCAGCACUUCUACAAACUCUUCUCGCCGCCGGGUGUCAUCAAGGUGAUGGAGGGUCUGAUUGUGGUGCUGUGCCUGGGCAUCUUCGCCUGCGUGGCCUCCACCCUCGUCUGGGACAUGAACUACGGUAUGGGCGGCUACACCGGCAUGGGUUACGGCAGCUACGGUGGAAGCUAUGGCGGCUACGGCGGAAGCUACGGAAGCGGCUACGGCGGCUACGGCAGCGGUUACGGAAGCUACUACAGCUCGUACCCGUCGCCAUACUCGGCCAAGACCAGCAUGAUCGCCAUGGCGGCCAUCAACUUCAUUGCCGCGCUGGCCUUCUUUGUCGCCUGCUUCUCCAAGCAGAACAUCUUCCGCGGCCGCAAGUUCUACCUGGUGGUGCUGAUCGCCUCGGCCAUCUUGGCGUUCCUGCAGGGCGUGAUCAACAUCGUGUACAUCGUGGGCGUGAACCCCAUGGCCCAGAGCUCGUCCAGCAUGUACUACAACCCCAUGCUUAUGAUGUGCCAGAACAUGUACAGUACGGGCGUGCAGAACAUGGGGGGCGUGGGCGGCUUCCCCAUCUACAACCAGUACCUCUACCACUACUGCUAUGUCGACCCACAAGAGGCGAUAGCGAUGGUGUGUGGCUUCCUGGUGGUCAUAGCGCUGGUGGUGGUGGCGGUGUUCUCUCACAAGACGAGGAGUAAGAUCUGGCGCUACGGGAAGCCCAACAUCUACUGGGAUGAACCCCUAACCAGAGGACCAGAGGGGAGGGAUGUGGAGGACUGGGUGAACAACGUGGCGGACUCUCAGAGCGUGCAGGACGCCCCCACCUUGGUGAUUUCGGAGAAAGCUGCACCCCUUCUGACCAGAGCCAACAGUAUCACCCCCACCCCCCCAAAAGAAGGCAGCGUCUUCUCAGCAGAGACCUACAACAACACCGCCAUGACCGGGUCAUUGGAGCGCUCCCCGAGUCGUCCCUCGGCCUCGGAGGUGCUGUCGUACGGCGGGGAGGUGAGCUCCAGUCCCUCGGAGGAGACUGGCCGCGUGCGCAAGCCGUCGGCUAGCCGGGCCAGGCGGGCGCGCGGGAACACCUUCGAGGAGUCGAACUACGACACCGAGUACACCACGGGAGGAGAGACCAAUGCGGACAACUACAAGGAGAUGUGGGAAAGCAUGUACCCUGAGAUCACGUCCGAUGCGCAGCGGCAGGAGUACAAGCGGGAGUUCGACGCCGACCUGAAGCUCUACAAGAACCUGUGUGCCGAGAUGGACGACAUCAACGACCAGCUGAACAAGCUGAGCAGAGAGCUGGACACCCUGGAUGAAGGCUCAGCCAAGUAUCAGGGUGUGGCAGAAGAGUACAACCACCUCAAGGACAUGAAGAGGAUGCCGGAGUACCAGGCCAAGAAGCAGCAGUGCCGCAAGCUCCGGCAGAAGCUCUUCCUCGUCAAGGGCCGCGUGAAGACCUACGACAGGAGUCACCCCUGAGAAGAGAAACACGCUCCCGUCCUCUCCCUCCUCCUCUUCCUCCGCAUCACCUCGCUCGCCGUCACUGAGAUUUUACACAAAGAAAGAAAUCCAACACUCCUCUCGCUACUCUGGAUCUUUUUUUAAGACUUAAAAAAGCGAAAACAAACUUUGCCACACAAACACACACAUACAGAGACAUACACACACACACGCGCACACACACACAUCACACACACACACGACACACACACACACACACACACACACACACACACACACACACACACACACACACACACACACACACACACACACACACACACACACACACACACACACACACACACACACACACACAGAGGAGCUACUGUGUGCAAGUCUUUGGUGUCUGAAUGACUGCGACUGAGAGACCAUGAUGAUGUUCCAAAGAGAACAUACUGUACAGACUCCCAUUGAGCUAGAGGACUUCUACAGAGCAGAGGUGGCUACUCUAUUAUUAUUUUAUUGUCUUUGAUGGCCAUUCUGCUCCCACUAUGUCCUUACUGGCGUCCAAGUUCCCACAGUAAGAAGCCCCCUGUUCCUGUCUCUUACAACCGUACAAUUUAACUCUACUGGAUACGUAUAACACGACCUGGAUGAAUGAAUACAAUUUUCACAGAAAUUAUACAACACAUGCUCGGCUCCUACGGUACAUUUCAGCGCAUUGACAAGGUAGCCAAAAAGCCAAAAAACGAAAGACCUGACGCUGACGCUUACCACUGUACAACUUAACUCUGUUGGAUAUAGAAGCACAACCUGGAUGAAUGAAUGAACUUACUAGCUCCCAUAUAGCUCGCCCUUUUGCUUACCACUGUACCAUACAACUUUACUCUGUUGGAUAUACUGUAGUAGCAUGACCUGGAUGAAUGAACGAAUGAGGAUCUUCACAGACUUACUGGCCCCCAUUUUUAUUAUUUUAUUUUUACUUUUCACAUUGAGGCAAUUGUCUCUUUUCCAAGUGAGCCCUAGCCAAGAGAGCAGCAAAGACGCACAUUUCAAAGUGCGUUGAGAAGGAGUUUAAAAAAAGCCAAAAUAAAGGAAACCCUGUCGCUUACAGUACCACUGUACACACAGACCUAGAUGAAUGAAUGAACCUACUGGCUCCCAUAUUCCAUUGUAUUGAGAAGGAGGCCAGCCUGCCACUGCAGUGUAUCGCAGGGGGAAGAGGACAUACAACAGGCUCUUUGUUCCCCUCGUCUGUCCACCUGACCCCCUCUGGCUCAGCCCUGCUGCCCACCACCACCACC